GCUAUGUCCGUCUGUUAGGGAGCAGUCCUGUUCAGUCCCAUUGCUGAAUGCUUUCUGUCCACCUCAGUGGCUGUGCUUAUCUCUCCCUAUAUCCGUGGGCUGCUUACCAGACAUAUGAAUGGUCACCUGGCUAUACGACCACAGCAUUGUGGAAUGUGAUUUUUGCAUGAGGCAGGACAAAGAGUUUGGCUUUAUGAUGACGGGAAGCGGCAGACAGAGAGACUUGGGGGUCACCCUUCAUGAUGAUAAUGUCACCUACAAGUUUGAUGACAUUACCUAUCUUAGACCUUAAUCUUUACUGGCAUGAAAAUGUCAUUUGCUUCUUUUCACCUGACAAAUAUUCACAUAUAUAGCGGGAACAGUGAUGUGACUGGAUGACAUGAGCAUAUUGUGCUAUGAAGAGCCAAGCAUUCAGUCCCUUGUAUUGUAUGGCUUCUUUUGUUGUUAUGGAUGACCACAGACAAGUGAGCACGCUACGGAGUUUGCUCACCCUUUUCAUGUAACGUAAAACCCUGUAUUGAUCACACAAAGACAACAUCGCUGAGGACAGCUUUUCAAACAGUCCCAGUAACCAGACUUCUAACAGGUAUUGUGUUACCUAAAGGGGGCAGCAAACCUAACUGUGGAUUGAUGUUAGUCUUUUUGUUCACACAGCAAAGCAUCUCAAGUCCUCAUCCAUAAGCACCUUUUGUGCAAAAUUUGAUCUGAUCUCUCCUCGCAGAUCAUUCAACAUAAACUGUCCUCACAUGGUGUUUGCUGUGGCAUAGUUUAUGUCUUUCCUGUUUUUUAAGGGUUUAAAGGUCAGUACACUGUUAACCAGCCUCUGUAUGUGUGAUGUGUGUGCACAUGUAACACCUGUGUUGUCUCUGACUGUGGGGUAGAAGACUGGAGAUGCAUUUUGUAUUUGGCUCAGUGCCGUUGGAUUUUAGUUCCACUAACAGCAGCCCUCUCUAUGCUCCCCCCCUCCAUAAUCCUCCCCUCCGGCUCUCCACCCCUGCACCCCCUGCGGACAGCAUAUGCGCGAGGCUGCGGAGCGGAGGCAGCAGCUAGAGUUGGAGCAUGAGCAGGCCUUGGCUGUACUCAAUGCAAAGCAGCAGGAGAUUGACCUUCUUCAGAAGGCUCAGGUUGAGGCUAAAAAGGAACAUGAAGGCGCUGUCCAUCUGUUAGAGGCCAAAGUUCGCGAGCUGGAGGAAAAAUGUCGGACUCAGAGUGAGCAGUUCAACCUCCUGUCAAAAGAGCUGGAGAAGUUCCGGCUCCAGGCCGGGAAGUUCGAUAUCCUCAGCACUGAACCCUUAACUUUAUGUGAAUCUCCUGGGUCGCCCAACAAAUCCCUGUCACAGCUCCUUAAUGGACUGGCUGCCCCCAUAGGAAAAGGCAAUGAGGCUCCAACAAGCAGAUCUUUGAUAUCUGAGUUCAUUCGACCACUACAGAUCAGUGGAGACAAGCCGGAGCUCCUCUCUGUCAAGCCAACAUUCCUCACUCGCAGUCGAGCCCGCAGCCCAGCACGGGCUUUCCUCUCUGAGAUGGACAAAGAGCUCGGCUCAACUACAAGGUCCAAACCGAGGUUCACAGGGAAGGUUCGGCUGUGUAUUGCUCGGUACAGUUACAAUCCUUAUGACGGGCCUAAUGAGCACCCUGAGGCAGAGCUCCCCCUGGUGGCAGGGAAGUACCUCUACGUUUACGGGACAAUGGACGAGGAUGGCUUUUACGAAGGAGAGCUGCUGGAUGGACAGCGGGGACUCGUCCCAUCCAAUUUUGUGGAUUUUGUCCAAGAUGAGGAAACACCCUCUGUCCAACACAGGGACACAGUAGCUAAAGAACCUGGCUACCUCAACCACAGUAGCCUGGGGCCUCAGAGACUGGGGGUCGGCACAGGUACGGGAACAGGCAUAAGCAGCCUGCUGUCUGACAGUAAACUAGACUGUCUAAGCACCAGCAGCUUGGGCAUGGACCUCCUGGGCUCCUCCAGCAACGGGACAGGAACCCUGGAUGUCAGCAUUGACGAGGUCGGUGAAGACAUUGUGCCUUAUCCCCGCCGCAUCAACCUGAUCAAACAACUUGCCAAGAGUGUGAUUAUUGGCUGGGAUCCUCCUGUGGUCCCACCGGGCUGGGGCUCCAUCAGUGGCUACAAUGUCUUGGUGGAUAAGGAGUUACGCAUGAGUGUCCCCUACGGGGGCAGGACAAAGUCUCUUAUUGAAAAGCUCAAUCUGGCCACCAACACCUACCGCAUCUCAGUGCAGAGCAUCACGGACCGCGGCCCGUCGGACGAGCUCCGGUGCACUAUGCUCGUGGGAAAGGACGUGGUGGUGGCACCUUACUACCUGCGGGUGGACAGCAUCACGCAGGUCUCCGCCGAGCUCUCUUGGAUGCCCAGCAACAGCAACUACAGUCACACCAUCUUCCUCAACGGUGCAGAGUACGACAUGGUCAAGGCGGGGGGCUAUAAGUACAAGUUCUUCAACUUGAAGCCCAUGACGGUUUACAAGGUGAAGGUUGUGGCGCAGCCGCAUCAGGUGCCUUGGCAGCUUCCAAUGGAUCAAAGGGAGAAGAGGGAAAUCUCUGUGGAGUUCUGCACUCAGCCUGCAGUGUGUGUGUUGUGCUUCCCCAGUGCCCCUCACCCUCCCCAAGGUGCAGUCCAGUGCAUAGCAGAGGUCUUGUACCCCACAGCAGACUAUGUGACCGUGGAGUUAAACAGGAUUCAGUGUCUGGAGGCCAGGGAGGUCAUUGUAAGGACGUUAUCAACACAAGGAGAGUCCCAGGACUCGCCUGUGGCCACCAUCCCGCACAAUCUCCUGGGCUCUCCACGCCUCUCCCACCGAACCACUGCACCUCCCCACCCGAUCCCCCUCCCGCAGUCCCAUCCGGUGCACUCCCAAACCCAUCCUCCUUACCCAUCGACGUACCCCCCAAAUCACCCUCAGCCCCAGGUGCAGCCCCUGCCUCGAGCCCAGCCGCACACGCUGCCCCACGCACAGCCGCACUCACAGCCCGUCCACCACCCUCCUGCUCAUCCCUCGUCCCAGCCUCACUUCCAGCGCCACCCCAUGCCCAAGUCCAAACCGCUAGUAAGUGCCAGAGAGCCAGAAACCAAAGAGCAUGAGGUGGGCCUGCGGUCAGCGCAGCCCUGGGAGCGGUCCCCCUCUCCGCUGCCUCCCAUGCGCGGACCCAACCUGGAGCCGCCGCACUUCCAGCCACGGCGAUCGCCCUCUCCUCAGAGGAUUCUGCCGCAGCCUCAGGGAGUCCCCAUCCCCAACACCAUCGCCAAGGCCAUGGCCAGGGAAGCCGCCCAGAGAGUGUUUGCUGAGGGCAACAGGGUUGAGAAAAGGAAUAUCUUUAGCGAGCGAGGUAACGCCUUGCAUCCAGUCAACUCUGAUGAGGAGGAGGAUGGCUACGACUCUCCUCAUGCGAGGAGGAGAGGAGCCUCAGUGGAUGAAUUCCUCAGAGGCUCGGAGUUGGGCAGACAGCACCAUCAUCACCACUACAGCUACCACACAGAGAGCAGCCGGGGUUCGGACCUGUCCGACAUAAUGGAGGAGGACGAGGAAGACCUUUACUCUGAGAUGCAACUGGAGGAGGGCCGCAGGCGCAGCAUCAACUCUCACAACACUCUUAAGAUCAUUGGGAACUCUCCGUCACAUGGAAGCGCUGAUCGCCUGGAACACUCAGGGAGGAGGCUGGUUCACAUCGGCACCCCCCCUCAGCAACGGCCCAUCCCAUCCAUUGACGGCUAUGGCGGGCGCAGGCACGGGCGGGGACGGCGUUCCCUGGAUUACUAUGAGGAGUCAGAGCCGGAGGAGAUGACCCGAGUGUUUGUGGCUCUGUUUGACUAUGACCCCAUGUCCAUGUCGCCCAACCCUGAUGCUGCUGAUGAGGAGCUGCCAUUCAAGGAGGGCCAGAUCAUCAAGGUGUUUGGAAAUAAAGACACAGAUGGCUUCUACAGGGCAGAGAUCCGAGACCGUGUGGGUCUGAUCCCCUGCAACAUGGUCUCUGAGAUCCAAACAGAGGAUGAAGAAAUGAUGGACCAGCUCCUUAAACAGGGUUUCCUGCCACUCAACACUCCUGUGGAGAAGUUAGAGAGGAACAGGCGGAGCGGCCGUCAACAUCCGAUGUCAACUCGGAGAAUGGUGGCGCUGUACGACUACGACCCUCGAGAGAGCUCGCCGAACGUUGAUGUAGAGGCUGAACUGACUUUCUGUGCCGGUGAUGUCAUCACAGUUUUUGGUGAAAUAGACGAAGAUGGCUUUUACUAUGGCGAGCUCAAUGGACACAAGGGACUCGUUCCUUCCAACUUUCUAGAAGAAGUGCCUGAUGAUGUAGAGGUUUUUCUCACUGACUCACCAUCUCGAUACGCCCAGGACACUCCAGCACGGAUAAAGACCAAAAGGGUACAUGCUCCUUCGCAGUACUAUGAGCAACUGAGGAUACCAAGAUUACGCUCCCCUCGUCUAAUGCAGCUGACAUGGGUUCCAUUGGAUAAAUCGGGUCCGCCCAGAAGAGCAGCCUCUCCCACAGUGCGUCCACACAUCCCUGGCUCUGGCCCUGCCACCGUGGGGCCCGGCAGUCCCAUCAGGGCCCCACUGGACAUGUACUCCUCCAAAAAGAAAAAGGGACUGCUCUCCAAAGGGAAGAAACUAUUGCAAAGACUUGGCGCUGUAAAAUAAUUUCUUGACCUACACAUUGGAGAGUGUCAUCCAAUUUCUUGUAGUGUUUUAAA